AUGGCACCCAGGAAUCGCGGAGGCAGACCGACCCUCAGCCAGGGUCUGGAUCGUGAGGUCUACCAGGUUGUGCUCAAAAUUAUCGACGACCAGCCCGACGGGGUCGACCGUGACCGCCUUUCGGUCCCAGUUAUCCAUGAGAAGAUUCGGCGAUCGAACUCGAGCCUGAACCGGAAACCGAAGAAGCUGUUGGAGAAUAGUCUGGAGCGAGUUCUGGAGGUGGUUAGGAGUGAUCUAUUCGGCGACGAAGAAGAAGACGACUCUGUGGAGGGUGACUUUGAGGGACUGGAAGAGCCUCCCGUCACGGAGCCCAAUGGCGUGAAUCAAAGCAUCGUCGGCGCAUGGACAACCACCACCAAAUCCACCCCGUCCCAAAAAGCCGAGUCGACCAGUACAUCCAAGACCGCUUCGAAGCGACGACAGCAAGGCAGCGAAUCGGCGUCCAAGCGGCGGAAGGGAGACAGUGCGGUUGACCGAUCACCGCCUACGCAUGUCAGUCUUGCCGAUCUGGGUGGGUUGGACGAUGUGGUCCAGGAAUUGGGUGACAUGGUCAUCUUGCCCAUGACCCGACCACAGGUGUACCUUUCGUCCAACGUGCAACCUCCGCGCGGUGUUUUGCUGCACGGUCCGCCCGGUUGCGGUAAAACGAUGAUUGCCAAUGCAUUCGCGGCAGAGCUGGGGGUGCCGUUCAUCUCGAUCUCAGCACCCUCCAUUGUAUCGGGCAUGUCGGGCGAAUCGGAGAAGGCUCUGCGCGAGCACUUUGAAGAGGCUAAGCGUCUUGCGCCCUGUCUGAUCUUCAUUGAUGAGAUCGACGCGAUCACCCCCAAGCGUGAAAGCGCGCAAAGGGAAAUGGAGAAGCGGAUUGUCGCUCAGCUUCUCACUUGUAUGGACGAGAUUGCGCUGGAGAAGACAGACGGCAAGCCCGUGAUUGUUCUUGCGGCCACCAACCGCCCAGACAGCCUGGAUCCCGCACUCCGUCGUGGUGGGCGUUUCGACAAGGAAAUCAAUAUGACCGUGCCCUCGGAGCCGGUCCGAGAGCAGAUUUUGCGAGCGCUUACACGGAAGUUGCGUCUGGCGGAUGACCUCGAUUUCACAACGUUGGCCAAAAGAACUCCUGGUUUCGUCGGCGCUGAUCUCAACGACCUCGUCUCGACCGCAGGCGCAGCCGCUAUCAAGCGGUACCUGGAUAUCCUCAAAUCCAACAGCGGCGAGGAGAUGGAAAUUGAAGAAGAGGACGAUCUCAGCCCCAAAGUCCGCGAACUGCGCCGUCUGAUCACGCACGCCAAGGAGACCCCUAUCGGCGCAGAGGUUGAAACCGUGCUUGUCUCCAACGCAGACUUUUUCACCGCACUCCCCAAGAUCCAGCCUUCGUCCAAGCGGGAAGGCUUCGCCACGAUCCCCGACACAACAUGGGCCGACAUCGGCGCUCUCAGCGGCAUCCGCGACGAAUUGGCCACCGCCAUCGUCGAGCCGAUCAAGAACCCCGACAUCUACGCGCAAGUCGGUAUCACGGCGCCCACCGGUGUCCUCCUCUGGGGCCCGCCAGGUUGCGGCAAGACGCUGCUGGCCAAGGCCGUGGCCAACGAGUCGCGCGCCAACUUCAUCAGCGUCAAGGGCCCCGAGCUGCUGAACAAGUUCGUCGGUGAAUCCGAGCGCGCCGUGCGCCAGGUCUUCGUCCGCGCCCGCUCCUCCGUCCCUUGCGUCAUCUUCUUCGACGAGCUGGACGCCCUCGUGCCCCGCCGCGACGACACUCUCUCCGAGGCGUCCGCCCGCGUCGUCAACACCCUCCUCACGGAGCUGGACGGCCUCGGCAGCAGCCGCCAGGGUAUCUAUGUCAUCGCCGCCACCAACCGCCCCGAUAUCAUCGACCCGGCCAUGCUCCGCCCCGGCCGUCUGGAGACCCUGCUGUUUGUCAACUUGCCCUCCCCGCUCGAGCGCGUGGACAUCCUCCAGACGCUGCUGCGGAAGCUGCCGAUCGAGUUCACCGAAGAUAUGCGCCGGCUCGCGGAGGAGUGCGACGGGUACAGCGGUGCGGACCUCGGCAGCUUACUGCGUCGUGCGGGUUAUUCGGCUAUCAAGCGUCGCGAUACUAUUCGCCUGGAAGACUUCGUUACGGCGAAGUCGUUCAUUCGACCUAGUGUUUCGGACAUGAGGAAGUACGAAAGGCUUAAGCGGGAGUGGGGUUCGGGCGUGGUUUGA